AUGAGCUACUACCAUCAGCAGCAGCCUCCCGUCGGAGUUCCUCCGCCGCAAGGUUGGUCCUGCUUCUCGUGAUCUCCGUCUGGCAUCUUCAGACUUUCGGCCCUCGUGUCUGACGGGAAGCCUUGUUUUCUCUUCUUCCGUCGUCGACGUGAAACCAGGAUAUCCUGCUGAGGCGUACCCCAAGGACGCCUACCCGCCGGCGGGUUAUCCCCCCCAGGGGUACCCUCCGCCGGGGGGUUACCCGCCGGCGGGUUACCCUGGAGGGGGUUACCCUGGAGGGGGUUACCCGCCGCCGCAGUAUGUCCAGCAGCCUCCAAAGAAAAGCAGCGGCCCAUCUUUCCUUGAAGGAUGGUAACGAUCUCUCUCUCUCAACAUCUCCCCUGGAUUAUGAAGAACGUCUCCCAUCUGACGGCGUGGCUAUUACUCGUUGACGUGCAGUUUGGCCGCCCUGUGUUGUUGCUGCCUAUUAGACGCCGUCUUCUGA